CUACAAAGUACCAGCUGUGUUCCGGAAUAGUACUCAUUUAAAGUCAACCCUGAUGCAGGCAUGAUUUCUCCAUUUAUUCCUCAUGUAAUACUCGCUGGACUUGUGGGAAUUCAGUGUGGCAGUACUGACAUAAGUAAAGUGUCAGUCAAGGUUGGAGGCUCCAUCUCUAUUCCAUGUCUCUAUGAGCCGAACUAUACAGACCAUGAAAAAUACUUGUGUAGCGGAAUGCCGUGGUUGUUCUGCUCCAUUAAAGUCAGAACAAACAGGCCACAAAAUUCAGGAAAGUUUUCAAUCGCCGAUGACACAAACCAAACAGUUUUCACUGUGACUAUUAAUGAUGUGACGCAGGAGAACGAUGGUAACUGGUGGUGUGCUGUGGAUAGAAGAUUUAGUGAUAUAAAAAAAAAAAUUCAGCUGUCAGUCACCAAAGGUAAAAUCCAUAUUCCCUUAAAAUGUCGCAGGUAAUACAGUCUGACCAUGCUUGAUUUCUAUGGUGCUCUUUGUUUUUCCAAGAUGAGCCAAUUCUAUACGUGGACAAGCAGGAAGUUGAGGCAUUCGAAGGAGGAAGUGUGACUGUCGUUUGUUACUAUAAAAGUCAAAAAGUAACAGGGUGGUGCAGGCUGGGUAACCCCAGGUGCGUGACACGUCAGACUGGAUCAAUUAGUGGAGCGACAGUGACCAUCAAUGCAAGUCUCCCACAAGUUUUCAAUGUGACCAUGAGUGACCUGAGGACAGAGAGCAGCGGCUGGUAUUUUUGCACUGAUGGACAAUUGCAGAUCCCAGUGAAUGUAAUUGUUCAUGAAUCAACCUCAGCCACUACAACAGCAACUACAAUGAGCCCCAGUGUAUCAAGUGCACUUCCAACCAGUAUUCAGCACUCCUCCCUGCUUACCAGUGCAGAGCCACUCACAGCUCAGGCCACAGACUCCACCACAAAUGACUCAGGCGAAGAUGAACACAGGAGUUCCACUCUGAUCACCACCCUCGUCGUACUGCUGUUGCUCAUUCCUGCUGCCUUUCUGGGAUGGUGGAUGAUAAGACGUCGUAAGAGCAAACCUGGGGGGUCUGACAUCCCCGCGUGCUUACAAACUGGGAGUGAUCCUGACAUGCACUACUCCACCAUUGUUCAUAACAAGGACGUGGCAGCCCAGAAGAAGCAGGACUGCACACCUGAGGAGAGUGUGAUGUACAGUACCAUUGUCAGGAGGGACACUGUGCAACAAAUGACUGAACCAGCAGACGUUAGUGUGAUCUACAGCACAAUCGUUAAAAAAAAAUGACCGACGUACCAACUUUCUGAUGUAGGCUUUGUGUCUCCGUCAUUCCGAAUAAAUCAAUUCACCUGCAGUCUGCAUCAAUAUUAGUGACUCUCGGACACUGGUGUUAUUUUGUACAAAUCUACAAACAUACAGUUUAACUAUUUGCCUGUACACUAUUUUUCCACGCUAGCACAUGCUUAAAAGUCAAGAACUCAGGAAAUGCACCUUGGUGCCAUGUUGAGACAAAUAAAAGGUGUGAUGAAGGAAAGUUGUCAGUGUGGCUUUGACACAUACGUGCAACACCUUCAAAGUGUCUGAUGGUGCAAGAACAAUGUUAAAAUGUGAACCAGAAGCAGGGAAGUGGUAUUGUGGCUAAAAUGGUUGACAUCUUACCAUCUAAGGCUACAGUAUGAUGAUUAAGGGAGAAGUUCAUUUUUCAUUCACUUAACGAGAUCCUUUGCAAUUUGCCCACUAACGGUAUAUCUGAUCAUCUCACUGUUUAUCAAUAGCAUCCAGUGGAUCUGAUAUUUGAUCCAGGGUUGUUUUAUAAUAUUUGUCAUAAUCCAUUGCUGGCACAUUCAAUUAUUGCAUCAAAUAAAUGAAAAUAAUUCAGCUUGUUUUUGAGUGUCAUCUGUCUUCAGGCAAAUAAAAGAUGAAAUUGAAAUACUUACCCAUAAUCAGAAGUAUUUUUAGAUUUACAGAUUUAAAAAAUAUAUAUGUCAUUAAUGUGUUCAUUAAGUGCUUUGUAACUCAGGUUUCACACAGCUUUACUUGCUUACUAUGUACAAAUAGUCCGGUGGCCAAUACAAAAUGGAGCUCUAUGACUGUGCUUUGCCAUAGAAACCAAAUUAAAUGCCUUAAAAGGAGGAGGAAGGAAGAAAUUUAACAGUUGCUAUUGCUUGUUUGGUAAACCAGGAAGUAGAUAAUAAGACAAUGCACAGGCAUUGCAUGUUCAUUUGCCACACCCUGUGCUCUCUUGGCGCCAUGGCUGUUCAUCUCAGAGUUCUUUUCAUCGUCACAGGACUUGCAGGUCAGUCACAGGGGUCGCUUUAUUUUUACAGAUGAUUAGUCCUAUAGUCAUGUCAGAUGAACAAAGCAUGGGUAAUUAAAUAUACCUGAAUUUUUUUUUAUAUCUAAAUGUGAUUCAGAUGAGUGGGAUGAGUGACAGCAGAGAGAAUUAUGUCUACUCCAAAACAAUAAAGAUUUUCAGUGGGCAGGUAAUAUAAAAGAAGAAUACUGUUUGCUAUAACUGUAGUAAAUGAUGUAUUUGUUGUUGUUGCAGGAAUUCACAGCAUAACUACAGUCAGCAAAGUGUCAGUGAAGGCUGGAGGUUCAGUCUCUAUCCCAUGUCUCUAUGGC